AUGUCGUUCCUCAGCCAAUUCAAACUGUCCAACUUCUCACCGACAACCAAGAAAGCAUUCUCGGAUCUCACCCUGCUUGCCAUCUCCCAGAUCUUCCUGUUCUAUGGCGUCAAAUAUAUCCUGGCUAGGGCCGACCCAUCCCGACAAUCAAAGGACCAUCUGCUCAAGAAGUCUAAGAAAGUGAUGAAGAGUAUGGGCCUGGACAAGAAGACCUUGGAGCUGGAUGAUCAUGAGGCCAUGCUAAUUGGAGAAGUCGUCCAGCCUGAUGAAAUCGAUGUCGGGUUUUCUGAUGUCGGCGGACUGGACCCAAUCAUCAACGACCUAAAAGAGUCGAUCAUCUUCCCACUAUGUUACCCAUCGACAUUCAAGUCAUCAGCCGGACUGUUCAGCUCACCCAAGGGAGUCCUUCUCUACGGCCCACCCGGAUGUGGAAAGACCAUGCUGGCAAAAACACUGGCUAAGGAGAGUGGGGCCAUGUUCAUCAACAUCAAACCCAGUGACCUUAGCUCAAAGUGGUUCGGCGAAUCUUCUAAACUCGUCGCCGCCCUCUUCUCAUUGAGUCAGAAACUUCAACCUAGUAUCAUCUUUAUCGAUGAAAUCGACUCCUUCAUGCGCGAGAGAUCAAGGACUGAUCACGAGGUUUCUGGAAUGAUGAAGGCUGAAUUCAUGACAUUAUGGGAUGGUCUCGCUACUGGAAGCAGUAGGAUCCUAGUCUUGGGUGCAACUAAUCGACCGAACGAUAUUGAUCCAGCAAUCUUGCGUCGGAUGCCGAAACGGAUUCCAGUGGGCUUACCAAAUCUACAACAACGGACCAACAUCCUCAACCUUCUGCUGAAGGACAUUAAGAUGGAGGAUGGCUUGAGUAUAGAAUAUUUAGCGCAACGGACGACGAAUUACUCGGGCUCGGAUUUGAAGGAAUUUUGUCGAUCGGCAGUGAUGGCGCCGGUCAAGGAAUAUGUGCGAUCGAAGGGGGGCGACAAGUCGGCGAUGUUUGAAGCCAGCCAAUCCGAGCUUGAGCUGAGGCCUAUCCGGUUAGAAGACUUUGCGCUCGAGGAGGCCUCUCGCAACGACCCUAGCUCCGUCAUCCCUAUCGCCUCGUUAGACUGA